AUGAUCUAUCGGAAGUGGAGUCUCCUUACAGGUCCGACGGCCAUCCUCGCUGGCGUAGUGGCCACAGUCGCCGUCGCUAACUUCAUCUUGGUCAAGAAUGACCCAUUCACAAAAUCAGAGGAAAGGAAGUUUGGAGAUCAUCCUACAACUAAGUAG